AUGGCUCCUCCAGCGGGAAGUACGGUUGUGGCACCCCCGGUAACACCACAAGGAUCUACGACAGAUGAACAGUCUUUGAGGACAUACUUCAAGACUAAAAUUGAUGAAGCUCAGCAAAUGGUGAGUGAGAAAAACCAAAAUGUGCUCCGUCUACAAGCACAACGCAAUGAACUCAACUCGAAGGUCCGUAUGUUGAAAGAAGAAUUACAACAACUUCAAGAGCAGGGUAGUUAUGUUGGAGAAGUAAGCAAAGCUAUGGACAAGAAGAAGGUUCUCGUGAAAGUCCAUCCUGAGGGAAAGUACGUCGUGGAUGUAGACAAAGGGAUAGAAGUAGCAACGAUCAACACCGGUUGUCGUGUCGCUCUCAGAGCUGACAGUUAUGCUCUACAUAAAAUUCUACCGAACAAGGUGGAUCCCCUAGUUUCUCUUAUGAUGGUUGAAAAGGUGCCCGACUCUACAUAUGAGAUGAUUGGUGGUCUUGACAAGCAGAUUAAGGAAAUCAAAGAGGUUAUCGAGCUACCCGUAAAACAUCCGGAACUUUUCGAGGCUCUGGGUAUUGCACAGCCCAAAGGUGUUCUAUUGUUUGGUCCACCUGGUACUGGUAAAACGUUACUCGCAAGAGCCGUGGCUCAUCAUACAGAGUGCACCUUUAUUCGCGUGUCCGGUUCUGAACUCGUCCAGAAGUUCAUUGGAGAAGGAGCACGAAUGGUUCGCGAGCUUUUCGUGAUGGCGAGAGAACAUGCCCCCUCCAUAAUCUUCAUGGAUGAAAUCGAUUCUAUUGGGUCGAGUCGAGUCGAAGGAUCAAGUGGAGGCGAUUCGGAAGUGCAGCGGACAAUGCUUGAGCUGUUGAAUCAGCUUGAUGGGUUUGAGGCUACUAAAAACAUCAAGGUUAUCAUGGCCACCAACAGAAUCGACAUUCUCGAUCCUGCAUUGCUUCGUCCUGGUAGAAUCGAUAGGAAGAUCGAAUUUCCUGCUCCCGAUGAGAAGGCUCGUGCUGAUAUUUUAAAGAUUCACUCACGUAAAAUGAAUUUGAUGCGAGGUAUCAAUAUGAGGAAAAUUGCUGAAGCGAUCCCCGGCGCAAGUGGUGCUGAAGUGAAAGCAGUGUGCACUGAGGCAGGAAUGUUUGCGCUUCGUGAACGACGUAUUCAUGUCACCCAAGAAGAUUUUGAGAUGGCUGUUGGAAAGGUUCGUUUUUAA